AUGACUAAUAUACUGGUGUUAUACGUUAUACUUAAAUGUGUUUAUUUACUAAAAAUUGAAGUGAAUAGUGAUAAACUGGAUCAUAUUUACAGAGGGAUAAUUGGUGGAUUGGAAUGUGUGAACAAUUUUAAUAAGAUUGUUGAGGAGUUGAGAAUAUUGUUACUGAUGUUGAAAUAUUGCGAUUUUAGAGCUUAUGGUUCAGUAAUUUCAAAGUUAGAUCCUGAGUUAAUAGUGAAAUUAACAGAAUACGGACAAAUAGUUAGGUUUAAUGGUGGGAGAUCGUACAAAAUUUUGGAAAAAUACUUAAUGAAUAAGCUGAAGCUGGAAGACUUGAAAAAUUAUUAUAAAGUUGAGGAAUUUAUCUUGGAUUUUUACUAAGAAAAAGAAAUCAAGCAAUACACCUUCUCAAAUCUAACCAAUACAAUAAUUUUGAAUAUAGUAGUAUAUGACAAGGUUUGGUUCUGAAAGGGGAUGGGAUCCAUUUAAAAUAUAAAGCAUUUUUUUGAGCAAAUUUGUAAAAUUUUUGGAAUUAAUUUGAGAUUCAUUCCGGAACAUUUUUUCUCUAAUAAUCUCUUGCCCAACUA